AGGUAUUUCUGCGUGCGAUGGAUGGUCUGCUCAGUUGUUAAAGUGCUAAAAGAAUAUGGGGAUUAAUCAAAUCCAGUCUCUCAAGGGCCAGAGUUUACUCGCGCCUGCAAUCAUUCUAUCACCAGCGGUAAUUAUUGAAAAUUUGGCGCUAAAACUCAAAAUGGCGUCGACUUUGGAGGACAUCGCCGAGCUUUUUGCUACGAAGACAACGAAUUUAAAGCGAUGCGUGGAAAUAAGAAGUGCAGGUAGAGUAACUUUAAAUUUGAAGUUCAUCCCUUGUUACUAUAAUUCAAUCAGACUCGCGAUCACGAUCUUAUUUUCGACAACCCUACAAUGUAUGUAAUUGAAGUUCAUCCUGUCUGACGGGUCACGUACCGGGUCACGUAAUUUCGCCAUUUCGUCGUCGUUGUUUUCUUUCCCUGAGUACUAUUCACUGAAAAAUGAUACUUGAACCAGCUGAAAGGUCCAAAAGAGUUAUAGAGUUCUUAUGGAUGGGAGACUAAAACAAAAUCAACAGUUUUGUUUAACUGUACUUCUACCGCUGGUGGAAGAUCCGGGAGCCGUGCACCAACGUUAUUUUUAGGCCGAACGGAAAACUGCAGACAGAGAAAAUAACAUUUCCCUGGCUGGGCCCCCUCUUGUUUUACUGUCUGCAUGGAUGAGAGGAUACACCACUUACUUGAAGAUCACUGAAUUUGAAAUUGAUUACAACUUCCAUUCCUGUGCGUAGUAUGCUUGGUGUGCCUGUGGUAAGGCAAUUUUUCCUGUAUGUAAAAUUUUGAUUCUCGUUCUGUUUUCCUUGUGUUUCCUAUGUAAGUAACCUUUGGUUGACUCUUAGAAGCUGGUGGGGUGGGGGAAAAUCCUGCCUCCUGCCCAAAGUGACAGCCCUGUAUAAGGGAGGAGGUUCUCUGUGUUUCUUGGCCACUAGUGUGCCUCUGAGAUGCUGUUCAAAACUCUUGCUUAAUUCAAAACUGCAGUGUUCUUAUCAGACUGCAGCAUUGUGACAUUGCUGCACUUUUUCGGAGAAUGCUGCACUGUAAUUAGCCCAAGGAUGCAAAGAAGGAGAAAAACCUGUUAUAAAAAGUUUUUUUUGGUCAUGGCAUCUUUACUCUAACUCAGAGUCAUAAAACGUUGAGUUAACUGUAUGUAAAAAGUGGAUAUGUAUCAUCUAAGAAAGUACGAGGUAUUUACUCUAACUCAGACCUGUAAACGUUGAAUUAACUGUAUCUAAAAAAUUGUGACCUGCUUUUCUCCCUCAUGAGCCCCUUUUAGCUUCUCUAUGGGUCCUGUGGACCCCAGGGUGGAAAAUCCUGGUAAGAACACUGAGACUGUGUAGUAAUUACCACAAGGCGAGAGGUAUAUUGAUGGCACAAUUGUAAGAGCACCCCCCUUGUAUCAAUGUGGCUCAGGUUUGUAUCCCAUAUGCAAUGCCAUAUCAGUUAACAAUUAUUCCACACUUGUGCGUUGGAUGUGAGUUGGCUACAAUCAUCUCAUAUCCAAAAAAUGCGAUUGGAAUAAUUGUUUUAUAAAAAAAUGCUCUCAAAAUAUCAAGAAUUCUUCCCGACUUUAUUUGUGAAAACAACUGAUUUUCAGCUUGUUUUUAAUUUUGAGCAGAUGCAUACAGUUACCAUGCAGACUGUAUUUGGAGAGCAUGGUAUUACGGCUCAUGUACCGUAAUGGCUAAGGCAAUCUGUGCUUUAGAAUUUCAUUAUCCAAUGAUUCAGUUUUUAAUAAUUUAUUAAUAAUAUGUGGGUUGAGUUCACUUUUUGUUGUUGCCCUUGCUUGAGAGGAUUUUUCUUUUUUUUUUUUUCAAAAACCAGUUCAUUGUAAAAUUCCAAUAUAAUCAGGAACAUCCACUGGUAAUCUGACAGUAAUUUGAUAAAAAAGUGAGCAUGUGCAAGACAAUGAGAAGAGGAAUGUGGCUAAGCAAGGUUUCUUUCUUUCCUUACCCCAUGUGCUUUGUUUUUCCCUCUUACCAUUCCCCUCCCCAAGUGGCCAACAAAAACUUCUGCAAAGUCAAUAGUUUAACCAGCUAACAUCAAACCGAUUAUGAUGUUUUUUUUUCCGCACUAGUUUCACUGUCUAAAUAAAAUGAGUAACAUUACAAUGUAAAUGAUCCAUACUAGGGAGUUCCUCUACUUGCAUCUCUGUGUUGAAAUCAAUUGAGAAUGAGUUAAAGGAGAUAGAAGCUGCUUUGGAUUCCUUGCAAGCAGAUGUGAAAAAAGAAAAGGUGUUAUUGGAACAGGGAGAGGUAAGGACAUACACUCGUUUUCUGGAAGAAGUCAAAGAAAAGGUUGGGUCUUUUCUAGGAGUUGUGGAAGCCAUUUUUAGUUUGUUUUUGUGUUGUAGUGUGGGAAUUGUUCAGCUCAGUCUUUGUAUUACCUGCAUGUCAUAUUUUGGUGACUGUACCCAUCUACAACACCAGGAAACUACCAAAAAAAACUCAAAUUCUACAAUACCAUAAAACAAUGGUAAUAAUAUUAUUAAUAGGUGGACAGCUGUAGGUUCAAGCGCUGAAGGUACAAUUACUGGAUUGAGGGGUUUUAAUUUGAAUGGUCAGAUCAUAGGAUUUCAUCCACACAGCAUCUUAGAAAUAACUUUAUAAUUAUGCCUUUUAUGCACCCUUAUCAUGUACAGUAACGUUUGCAUAUGUUUUUUAAAUAAUUUUAUCCAAGAGGAUGUUGAAAUUAGCACUUGUUUCUUUAAAAUGUAAUCAUAUUAUUUUAGCCUCACCUGAUGUGCUGUGGUAUGUGGUUAUUUUCCUCUUCAUUAUAAUGGUCUUUCUUAAUAAUUCAUACUCCUUUUGUUUAUUCUUUGGUCCGUUUGGUCUGCUGUACAGUGUAAUAAAUUACCUUCAGACAGCUGUUUUCGUGCUGUUACUGACCCUUCUCUUACCUUUUCCUACCUUGAUAUUUUCACGACUUGAGUUGCAUUGUACAUCUAUCUUUGCUUUGUUUGUUUAGUUGUUUUGUCUUCUUCUAGCUGCCAAAGCUAAUUAAACAACAAACAAUUACUGUUUAUGGUAACAGGAUAGUCCAUUACAAACACUCCCCCACCCCCACCCCCACUUUCUUUUUCACUUAUCUUAUGCAGUUCCUUUGGAUUGUUUAAUUAAUGUCAUGACAAAUAUUACCUUUUUACUGGUCAGGCAAUGAAGGAGGCUGCUGUCAAAUUCAGGGAAAGACUUGAGCAUACUUCCUCUAAUCUACCUCCUCACUUGCCUGGAUUUGAGAAGAAAGUUCAAAGGUAAAACUUGCAAUGAAUAUAUACUAGCAACAGUUAUUCCUAAAUGGAAUCUGACUGAUGAGAAGAAAGACAAAAUUGGGAACAAAUUAUAUUUAUUUCGAAACACUGCAGAAGUUUUGCUCAAUCAGCAUCCGGUGGCCCCUGGCACCUCACAUGUGCUCUUAGUCGACUAAGAAAUGUUGGUUUUUGCACAGAAAUAAUAUGCUGGACACCAGGUGGAUUUCACAGGUUCAGAACACUGUGCUCCCUUUGAAUUCCUCAGAGCAGAGUCUUGCACUGUACUCAAUAAUAUUUUAAUCUGAAAUAUCUAUAGCUAGUUUCCCAUGUACGAUCAGUGUAAUGUUUAUGAUAGAUUAGUGCACAGCUACUACAUGUUUCUCUCUACUCCAAAAAAAAAAGUAUAGUAAUACAGUUCUACAAUCAUGUGCCACGUACAUGUAUAUGUACAGUCCAAGAUUUUCCCUGCCUCAUCAAUGCUGUUAUUAUAACAUUAUACACAACCAACCUUUUUUUUGGCAUACUGUACCCAUGUCCCUUGAAAAAGCUUCUUAAAGUUAUGUCUUGUCUAUAUUAUCUUAUACAGUACAUAAUGGUACUGUGUAUCUCUCAGUAUAGAUAUGAGAUUUUUAAUCCAGUUUGGGCUAAUAAAUUUUUCUGGCUUGAUGUAUGCUGGAAGACCUCCAGAGAAAUUCAUUUGCCAACAUGACACAGUUCAAUCUCUGCUGGCAAAAGUAGUAAAAUUCUGUUAUUCAUUUGAUGCAUAAUGCUUAGGCCAUCUAAAGAAAAAGAUGAACCUUUGAAAGAGAGUCUACAAAAUCCAAGAAAGACCAAACGAGUCAAAGACAUCUCUACUGCAGAUAAUGGAUCACGGUUUCCUAAGUUAGCUUAUCUGACUGUGGAAGAGUUUGAAGAAAUACCAAAGUAAGUGUUUCUAAUUAUCGCAUUUGAAAUGUAGUGGGAUUCAUUUGUAUUUUUUUGAGCUUGCAGUUCUCUCCCAAACUACCAUGCUUUCCAACAAAAACUAAUAACCAGUGACCUUACUUUUCCAAUUAUAUUAAAAGGCACACAUGAUGCCAUAGGCUAACUUGGUUCGAGCUUUUUCUAGUGUCACUACCUUGAGUCCCAUACAUUUAGGAAGCAUGGCUUUCCUCUCUUAAACGUAGAAUGCCACAAUCUUGGACAAAAUAAAUGGAAAGACUAGACCCCCCAACUCCCCCCCCCAAAUCAAAGAUGGGAAAAAGGCGCGUUUUGCUUCGUCCUUGAUUUAGGGGGUGGGGGGAGAGGAUGGGGGUUUGCUUUUCCAUUUUAUUUUGUCCAAGAUUGUAGUCCCUCAUACUUGUCUACAAGCAGUUCGCUGGUAAAGGUGAGUCUACGUACAGAGUAAACAGUUCCGACGUCUUUGCCCUUUUUCUUUCUUUUGUUCUUCCGUUACAUUUGAAUUUUCAUUGUUGGGCUUUAAUAAGGCUUCAUUCAAUUCUGUAGGUUUGUCUUUCAAGGAAUUGAAUUUUUCCAAACUAGUAGCAAUUUGUUGCGCAAAUUGUCAUUUUCUAAUCAUAUUGUAUGUGUUUUCUUUGUUGUGGUCACAAUGUAUUUUGUAUGUACGUAUUUCACUAGACUACGAGUAGUCCCCCAUUUUUCCUCAGGAAUAGUUGAGCAAGCGAAACGCGGGCGCGCGUGAAAAUCACCCCACGCGAGUCUUGUAUUUCACAGUCUCAUCAUUAGCUUGCUUCCACUUUUAAUUGUAGAUAUAUCAAAGGACGCAUCUCCUAUGAUCAGGUCAACAACGCCAUAGAUGAGAUCCAUAAAGUCAUCAUCGCUAAGUACAAGAUCCUUCGUCUUCCUCGAUCAGCAAUGGGAGAACCAGUGAUGAAGAAAUACAAGGUAUCAUAAUUUCCCUGCUCAAUUUUUCUUGAUAAAUUGAUGUGCGAUGAUAGUCCUAGUAUCAUUGAUAAGCACUAUACGUGAAUCAUUUACCGUAAGGGUCAUGCGUUCGACGUCAGGAGAUCGCAACCUAGAUGUAACCUUGACACGAGAGAAGCCUUGGUACGAACAUUUAGCAGAAAGAAGUUUGGGGUCAAGUACCAAAAACGGAAAUACGUCAUAGACCUACUCCUUAGACGUCUUGUUCCCAGAACCCAUCAUUUCUUUAGAUCACCACCAGUCAUCCAGAGAUGAUCUUACAGUCAUUAAACCCUCUUCCGAGACAAGAGUCUCGUCUUCCGUGACGGGACUCUCGCCUCUAGAGACGCAAUGCUCGUCUCUCGAGACGAAACUCUCGUCUCGUUUUUUUGAGCGGUACUGUGAAUAAACCCGUAAGCAAUAUGAGUUUUUAAACACAACAAAGGUGAUUUUUUUGUGUGAUUGUGUUAAGAGUCUUUUGUAGUACAUACGGUAUACUGAUCUGUUAUUUUCUUUUAGGCUUUUAAGGAGGCUGAGACACCAGAAACGGAAGGUAAGUGAGUUAGCAUUAGGGAGCUUAAGCAACAACGUUUUUGAGCGACGCACGUCAACCGGAAGUGGCCUUUUUUCAUUUUUUGACGGUGGUUUCGCGCAAAUUUUCAGUCAAAUCGCCUCUAUAACAGUAAAGAAGCUAAGGAAUACAAAUUUUAUAUCAUCAAGGCAUGUUAAGAGGGAAAAUACCCCACUUCCGGUUGACGUGCGUCGCUCAAAAACGUCGCUGCUUAAGCUCCCUAAUGACGCUUUCCAUCGGCACGUUGGUUAUACUUAGGAAGCUAGACUGUAGGUAGUAACUUACAGUGCAUCCAAUCGCUUUGGAUCAACGUACGCAUUGCAGUCCGCCUUAGGAGUUCAACUUAUUUGAAGCAGCUUGAACAAAACGAUGUUGCAAGCAUAUAGUGUAAAACUACCAGGAGACACCCUAUCUCCAUUCCCUUUGCUAGCUUACGCUGAUAAUUAAAUUUUCCGGCAGUUGAAUUCCAAAGUAUUGUGUUGACCUCCUCCAUAGCACCUGAAAUUAGGAAGUUUCACCUCGUAGUUGCGUAACGAAGGAAAGGAAAUGCACAAAAAAGCAUGACAUACGAGCAAAGUUUUUUUUUGUUUUGCUAACCUAUUACUUUUUUUACUUUCUCAUUUGUCUGAAACACGGUCUUUCAUUUCUUUAUUGGAGCAUUUUGUUAAGCAAAAAUAGAAUAUGGUUUAUUUCAUUGGUUCCGGAAAUAUGUUUAAAAAAUAGAUUCCGUGUUGCCGCACGUCUGCUCAGUAACAGAUCACAGAUGACGUUAAAAUGUGGUAAAAACAAAGAAGUGGCACACGAACCGCAGGCGAGACACAUGAGACACAUGAUGAUGUCUCGUAGCCGUGACACAUGAUGAAAACUAUUGUGUAAAUUUCUUCCAGUUUAGGCAUUUUCAAGUCGUUAAAAAACGAUUUUUUUUUGGUUUGUCCAAAUUUUGUUACUUGUAAACAGCUUCUGCUUAACGUUUUGCGAGGCCUUACAUGCCUAAUCCGAAAUAAUCUCUGAUGGUGAACAAGUGUCCCGUGACGUCAUCGAUAUGUCUGUACUCUAAUAGAUCAUCAUGGGUAACGACCAAUCACAGCGCGCGUAAUUUGCACCGUAUAGUAUAAAAGAGUCUAGGAAACUGCCACCAACCCCUCCCUUAACCCAACAUUUUGCCCUAAGUAAGAAGUAAUUGUUAACAUUAGGUUAGGAGAGGAGGGAUUCGAAAGUUUCCCAGUAUAACUGUGUACCGCAAUAAAUAAUGAAAGGCUUCGCAUACCCGAGUGUCAGGCAGGAAAGCCAGUUACAAAGUCCAACUGGUUGUCCUCUUGUCUCUAAACAGGAGAGUAUUUUUUUGUUGAUGACGACCUCAAAACCUACUCACAGCUGAAGAUGGAUUCCACAGGAAAGGCAAUACUUAUCAUGCUAAGACACUGCGGUCGCCUCAGAGAAGUACGAAGUAAAAAAUUGCUGAGAUAUGUGCUGAAAUUGUAGCGCCCAUCCUCGUUUUUUUUCUCGUUCCUCUUGCAUUGUAAAUAUCCUUGGAUGUGGAACUCGUAUCGAAUAAAAUCGCUUUUUGAUUGAAGACGACGUAGGAUAUAAUUAACUUGAUUUAGUAACUUUGUAUUACAUACACGUAGCUUCUGGAUAGUUCGAAACCUGAAUUAUCAAGAUCGAUUUGUGAGAAAUUGAUAUUGACUACACGGUUCGAGGAGCGCUUGUGCCUAUGUGAUAGUUUCGGAG